CUUUGAUCUUCUGGUGGAUAGACGUAUAUAACAAGCUAAUCACUAACCAGCAAUAAGGCUCUUGUGUCACCAGCUACACCAGCCAUGUGCGGACCCGGGCCCAGCAACGUCCUCUCCAUCCGAGAUCAGUUAGUCUUCUACGGUGCGUACCACGCACACCCCGUCAACGUCGGCAUCCACCGGAUCUUCGUCCCUCUUAUCGUCUGGUCAUCCGGCGUCAUCUUCACGACGAAUUUCGCCCCAUCCCUCACGUACAAGAUCAAUGAUUACCUCCAAUUCGAUGCUACGAUCUUCCUGAUGUUAUACUGGGGCCCUUGCCUCAUAUACUACUACUUUAUGGAACCCAUCGCUGCUUUGCUCAUAACACCACAAUGGGUUCUGAUAUACCUUACCGCAUGCGCAUUCUCUCACUACCCACACGCGCUUGCCAUCGCCACUGCGAUUAACCUCGCGAGCUGGACAGCGCAGUUUAUCGGGCACGGGGCGUUCGAGGGCCGCUCACCCGCGCUUGUUGACAAUCUCAUCGGAGCGGUCGUUCUGGCGCCUUUCUUUGUCCAUGUCGAGAACCUCUUUGCCCUCGGAUAUGGGAAAGGAUUGCACGAGUCUGUCAAAGCUGGGAUCAAGGUGAAACAGGCGGAGUUUGCUGCCCACUACCACCACGAUCACUCUCAUGGCCACUCUCAUGGUCACUCUCACGGCCACACUCAACGGAGAGCAAAGCGCAACGGCGAAAAGACAAAGUCAUAGAUGGUUGAAACAAAUAUUGUAUAUGAGAUUCUGCAUUUUUUUAGUGUACAAUGGGAUCCAGCAGACGUGUUGAUGGACAUUCGCUGUUUUCCUCGAUCAGAUCACUUUCCCCUGUUUGGACCGGUAUUUGUCAUCCUGCGCCCUGAAAGCGAUCCUCCGGAUAAUAUUACAAAGCAUUACCGCCCUCCUCAUUCAUGUAAGCAGCGAUCGUCCUCGUCUUACGGCGAUUGAACCAUUACAACGGGUUACCGCCGGGUACACCUGGUAGCCGUGGCGCAACCUCUCUCGCCUCUUUAUUUUGUCGUCGCUUCUUGUGCUCUAACUGUCGUGCGGCAAAUAAUGACCGAUGUAGGGCAUAUCGGUGGUGUAUCGGCGUCGCGGGUGCUGAGGGCGUCGAAGGCGGUGGUGGGCUCUUAGACGUCGUCUUCUUCUCCUUCUUAUCUUUAUCCUCCGCUUUAUCCUUAUCCUUCCCUUCCUUCCCCUUCUUCUCUUUCUCCUCCUUCUCCUUCUUCUUGCGCUGCUUCUCCUCCCACUCCUCCGUCACCUUCUUCACAAGCUCGUCAUCCACCGGCUGCUUCGGGCUCGUAGGAGCAGGCGAAGCACCCGCAUCUGGGAGCUUGGUAGCGAAUCCCGUGUCGGUCAGAUGUCGUUCACACGUAUAGACAAAGUCGACAUUGCCCAUCGUGGAUAGCACCACCGUCGUCGGGCGCAGGCAGACGGUGCAUGGCCGUGGAGUAGUGACGGCCUGGAUUCGUGAGCACCGGGGCCGACGUCAUUAGCGCUCCAUUCCUGGGAAGAAUAACAUUACAACGCUCACGCGCUGGUAAUACACGUUCUGGAAGUUCAUUGUCUAUCCUGACUGUUGAUUCCCAAGCAAUUUUAGAAAGAAGGCAAGGGUAUUGUAUAAUCAAAGAU